GCAUCAUAGAGUACAAAAAGUGAUGGAAAGGUUAUAAUAGACGUGUAUAUAAACCCAUGUAAACCUCUCCUGAAAUUAUGAAUUUAAAUAAUACAUUUAUGAAUUUAAACUUAAUUUCAUGUAUUAAAAGUCUUUAAUGGGUGAUUAUAAAGGAAACUUUGUUUAAAUAUUGGAUGGUCAAUUUAAAUUUAUAAGUUUAAGUGCCCGGUGUUCUCAUCGAGUUUAAGGUUAAGUGUCAAACAAUGAGUUAAAUACAAACAUCGGGAGCUCUUGAAAGGUAUUCGAGUUAGACGAUGAAGGUAUAACGUAUUAAGGGAAAUAUGUCCUGCGAGUCUUGUAGAGAUCGACAGGAGAACGAAAUCGAGGCUUUGAAGAGUAUUUUUGGAGACGAACUUCAUGAUUUACGAACUGGGAAAAGUAAACGAAAAUGGCAACCAUUAGAUAUUUCAAUCACUUUAAUACCCCAAAGGGGCAUGUCGGGUCCAGCUGAAGUACACGCACAAAUUGAUUUACACGUAACUUGCAGCGAAAAGUAUCCUGACAAAUUACCAAACAUAGAAUUACAGAAGAGCAGAGGUUUGUCCCACCAACAAGUUGACAUAUUAUAUUCUGAAUUAAUGGAACUCGCGAUGCAGCUACAAGGGGAAGUGAUGAUUUUUGAAUUAGCGCAACAUGUUCAAAAGUACCUACACGAAAACAACAAACCAAGUUACAGCAGCUUCUAUGAAGAAAUGGUUUCAAGGCACCAAGAAAAGAUCAAAUUUGAAAUGUUGGAGAAGCGACUAAAGGAAGACAAAGAAAGACAGGUAUUACAGGAUGAAAUUCAUAAAAGAAGAGAAGCUCUAAAAGCUGAAAUUCGUAAUCGGAAAGAAUCAAUACGACUGUGCAAUGAUCGAUCAAGCAAUCCAUCUCAAUCAAUUCCAUCAUCUCCGCAAGAGAGGUUACGAAUUUAUUCUCGAAGGAGAUGCGCUAGUAGUUCUGAAAGUUCUGAUGGUUUUCUAUGCGAGCAUAAAGGCACUAAAUUGCUACACUUCGAUCACAAUAAAGAUGAACGGCAAGUGUACAGAGGAAACUGUAUGGGUCAUAGUACUAAAGGAUCAGUUGUUUACGCGGGUGUGGAUAUGACAACUGGUGAACUAUUCGCGAUUACUGAGUGGACAUUUAAAAUAAGUAAUACCAUCGACGAAAAUAAUAUGCAACACAUUACCAAACAAAUAGGAAGUCUCGAACAAGAAAUAAAUCAUUUGCACAAAUUGCAUCAUCCAAACCUUGUACGAUAUUUAAACAUGAAAUAUUUAGAAGAUGGAGAUGCUGCACUUAUUUAUGUUCUUCAAGAGUUUGUGAUAGGUACUAGCUGUUCCUUCUUCUUGGCAGAGAACAUUCCUGUAGAUAUUGAUCUCUUUCGAUAUCUGGCAACCGGAAUUCUUCUUGCUUUAAAAUUCCUCCAUGAAAACAAUGUUGUUCACAAGGACUUACGUGACACAAGUAUUUACAUUGAUCGUACUGGAACAGUGAAAGUAUCAGAUUAUUCGCUCAAUAAACGAUUAUCUGAUAUUUAUCAAACGUAUACGUUAGUCAAACCUGAACAAGAGUUUCCCAGCAUCCAAGGAAGAGGUGGAAAAAAAGCCGAUAUAUACCGUUUCGGUGCUCUUAUGUUUUCUCUACUGAAUGGAGUCAUUGCUUCUGGAGAUAAAAUCGAUCCAACAGUGAUCACUCAGCCUGAUCUCCAGGAUUUUUUAUUAAAGUGCCUUACUAAUGACGAACGAAAGCGAUGGUCCGCUGAACAAUUAUUACAGCACACCUUCAUUAAAGCACCUUUAGUUCGUGCUCUCUCGCCACCGAAAGUACCACGCAGAGAUGAACAGAAAAACCACGAACCCGAAGAAACAGACACGGACAUUCGGCAAUACCUACCGCCUUUGGGUGGCCACUCAAGAAUUACAAAUGAAUUCGAAGUUCUCGAAUGGCUCGGCAAAGGUGCCUUUGGCGAUGUUCUUAAAGUAAAAAAUAAAUUGGAUGGUGGAAUUUACGCUAUUAAAAGAAUAGAACUUAACCCAAAGAACAAGCAACUCAAUAGAAAAAUCACCAGGGAAGUCAAAUUAUUGUCACGCAUGAAUCACGAAAAUGUUGUGCGAUAUUAUAAUUCCUGGAUCGAAAGCGCUACAAUAACCGACGAAGUUGAAGAGAAAUAUACGACACCUUUAGCAAAGAAAAGUCAGGAUUUGCUUAAUCAUUUAGCUACGGAUGAUAUCGAAAAAUUGGCACCACCGUUGCAAGAUGUCGAAUGGAAUGUUUCAUAUAAAUCUCGAACGAAUACAACCCUUCCGCCAGAUAGCGACGAGGACAACAGCGAUGCAUCCAGUGAUACCGACAGUGACGAAGAUUGUGCGUUUUUGAUGCGAAACUUUUUGAGAAUCGAUUCCUCCGCCAGUAUAGAGUUUGAAAAGGAUUCAAAUUGUCAAGAAACCGUGUCAAGUGUAAAAGAAGAUGAGACUGGGGAUACGUAUUCAUCUAAGGCAACAGUAAGAGAGAUACAAUUCAUGUACAUUCAAAUGGAAUUCUGUGAAAAGAGCACUCUACGUACAGCGAUUGAUGCAGGCCUUUACGAAGAUCAAGAAAGAGUGUGGAGGUUAUUCCGAGAAAUUGUUGAAGGUCUAGCGCAUAUUCAUCAACAGGGAAUGAUACAUAGAGACUUAAAACCAGUCAACAUAUUUUUAGACAGUAACGAUCAUGUAAAAAUUGGAGAUUUCGGCCUGGCUACUACAAAUAUAUUGUCUUCAUUUGUGCAAACUAUGGAAACCGAUAAAGAGCCUCAAGUUUUCGAAAAAGGGAUCAGCUUUGGCACAGAAGACGUAGGUUCUCUAACAGGGCAAGUAGGCACAGCACUUUAUGUAGCUCCUGAGCUUACAACGAAAGCUGCGAAAGCCAUUUACAAUCAAAAAGUUGAUAUAUAUAGUCUUGGAAUAAUACUAUUCGAAAUGUGUUACAAACCACUAACAACAGGAAUGGAGCGCAUCAAGGUUUUACUUAAUCUACGGUCGAAAGAAAUCAUAAUUCCAACAGAAAUGCUACAGACAGACAUGCCACUACAAAUCCAUAUCUUACGGUGGCUAUUGAAUCACGAUCCUAGUCAACGACCCACAGCUCAAGAACUUCUCUCCUCGCAAUAUCUACCACCUCUUCGACUCGAAGAAACGGAAUUGCAAGAAAUGAUUCGGCGCACACUUUCAAACAACCAAACCAAAGCAUACAAAUAUUUAAUUUCUUGCUGUUUCACUCAAGAAGUCACACCUGCGGACGAUAUUACUUACGACAUGAAUCUACCUAGUAGAGGACAUAUCAAUUUUUUUUCUUGGAAAAAGUAUCAAGAUGGAGUGAAGUGCAAAGUAAUAGAGGUUUUUCAAAGACACGGUGGAGUUUGUCUCGAAACGCCACUUCUGAUGCCAAAAUCACGUCAGUCCUGUGGCUUUUCAGAUUCUAAUGUAAAAUUAAUGACACGUAAUGGAAAUAUUGUUUACAUUCCUCAUGAUCUACGUGCCCCAUUUGCAAGAUACAUUGUGUGGAAUAAUGUUCUCCAUAUCAGAAGAUAUGCUAUUGAAAGAGUCUUUAGAGAAAAGAAGGUUCUGGGUUUUCAUCCCAGAGAACUUUACGAAUGCGCAUUUGACAUCAUAAGUCCUACUGCCAAUAAUCUGUUAAUGGAAGCUGAAUUAAUAUACAUCGUAUGGGAAGUCAUCAAUGAAUUACCCCAAUUACAAGAACGAAAUUUCACUAUUCGUCUGAACCAUACUUCUUUAUUGAAAGCAGUGUUAAUGUACUGUGGUAUCGACCAAGAAAAAUAUCAAGACAUUUAUUCAAUUCUUCGAGACGCGCGUGACGGAAAAUUUUCGAGAUUUCAAAUACAAACGCACUUGAUAAGUUUGUGCCUGACUGACCAGGCUAUGGAGACAUUAUUCAAUUUAUUCGAAACUGAAAGCUCUAUUGCGAAAAUUCAGAGUGUUUUGAAAACAAUUACAAAGAGAAAAGGUGAUGCUGCCGUAUUGGCUAAAGAAGGACUGAAAGAAAUUGAAAUUGUAAUGGAGAAUAUCGAAACGCUAGGUGUGAAGUGGCCAGUAGUAGUGGUACCUCUUCUAGUGCAUAAUAUCAACCAACACAGUGGUACAAUUUAUCAAAUAACUUGUGAAGUGAAACGGCGUAGGAGAAAAUGUGGAGAAGAGGUAAUAGCAGCAGGAGGUCGUUACGACAAAAUGAUAUCGUCUUUCAGGAAAAUACUUGAACGCACAGGGAUGGCCAACAAAGAGACCAAGCAAUACGGUGCUGGUAUCAGUAUCUCACUGGAGAAACUUGUCUCCGCUGUCUUGGAAACAUCAGAAUCUUUAGAAAGUAAAUAUGGCAUCGAUGUGGCAAUUUCUUGCUUGGGUAACCCUCAUCGAGAAAAAGAAAUGAUUGACCUUCUGAAAGAAUUCUGGACUUUUGGGUUGAAAGUCACUAUUCUGGAUUUGAUAUCUGUCGAAGAAAUCCUCGAACAUUGUCGAGAACAUUCGAUCAACCAAGUAGUAAUUUUGAAAGCCGGAGAAAAAGGAGCUGUUAGAAUUCAGAGUUGGGAACGCGACAGAUUUCAAGAAAAGAAAAUGACCAAUCAAGAAGUUGGAGAGUUUCUUCAAAGAUUGGACAACUCCAUGCCCAUCCUAAACAGAUCCGAAAGUAAAACAACGACAAGUGAUAAUUUUUUGAGCAGUAACAAUCCAGUUAACAUUAAUAUUAACUUUAUUUUGUCCGAGCGAGACAAACUUUCGGGUAGCUCGAGAAGAAGCUUGAAGAAUAGUAUGCUUGCACAGAUGUCUACAUAUUUUCAAAGAAUCGCGCAUAAAAUUCCAAUUGAAAUUUUCGCAGUAUUUUUGGAAAUGAGCGUAAUUAAAACAAUUAUAAGUUUUUUGGAUAUCGAUGAGGAGAAUCAAGAUUUUCUUAAAAGCAUACAAGUCAUUAUUGAUAAGCAUCCAAGACACAAGAAGUACAUAAAAGAAAUAUGUGAAGAAAUGCGGGAGGCAAGGAGAGAAAAACUACGUCCUGUACUGAUAUUAUAUAGUGUGAUCGAUAGCCAAUACAUGACUCUUUUAUAAAUAAUUUGUCUUUCUACAAAAAUGCAUAAAGGAGUUACAAUAAACGUGUAAUUUGUAACAUAAAUAAGUGAUUAAUAAUAAAAUGAAUUUGUUUUUUUACAUUAAAUAACUACUUUUCAGAAAAUUGUCUUCGAGCUAUAAAAUCACCUGCUGAUGCUUCGAAUGCAAAAUUGUUUAAAAAGAAUCCUAUAGAAACAAAAUACAAGACACAAAUUGCAAACACAGAUUGUUUUUCAUUAAAUAAAAAUUAGUUCUACACAAUUUUUUAAUUUACAUCGGGCAAAAUUAUACAAGAUUUUUAAAAGUAAAUGCACAAACAGUUCAAUUGAAAUUUUUUUAUUUGCCCACUCUUUCGUUUUACAGGGUAUGCUCAUAGUACAAAUUGUGAUGACUUAGGACAAUGAUCCAAAGGAAUUGAGAUGUAAAUUUAAAAUCUCUAUUAACUUUGGAAAGCGUCGUUAACAGGCUCAUCGUCAUCCUCAUCUUCCUCUCCUUCGCUUUCAAAUG